AUGGACGGAGAGAACGAGGAGGUGCAGAGGGAGAGAGAGAGCGAGGAAAGAACCCCGACAGAAGACAAGCGUCCUGCUCUGUGUGACAGUCUCCACAGUUCAGUUCACUCCAGAGAAAACAGUCCGACGCUGAGAGCUGUGCUGUGUGCUCAGGUGUGUCAGGUGUACAGGUUUCUGACGGAGGACCAGCGAUGGCUGCUCGUCAGGGACCAGAUGUCCGAGACGCCGCUCUCCUUCUCUUUACCCAAACAGCUGCUGAGAGCGAUCAUACACCAGCACACACUCAGAGUCCAGGAAGUGAAGGAGCUGGAGGACCUGCCGCCCCACUGGGACGGACUCCGCCAUGAUGUCAUCAACCACUGUCACUGCCUGAUUGGCUGUUACCAGGAGACGCUGGCCGAGCUCGACAAACUCUCUGCGUCGACCUGCUUCAAGUCGAGCAGCAGUAGAUCAGACCUUCACCUUCAGUUCGUCCCGACCAAUCUGCACUCACAGAGGAUGGAGGUCACCGACCCCAACAGCACGGGUGUUUGGUAUGACAUCAUAACCUUCGGCGCUCCGGCUCAUCACCAGCUGAGCUUCAGACAGGGAGGACUGAAGAAGCUGCUGAGCAAACACAGCAAGGACAGGGAGAGCUCCGUGUGGUCUCAGGUCCAGAGCUCCAGAUCCAGGGAGCUGCUGAGCAGCGCCGCCCGGCUUCAGCCUCUCGUCUUCGGCUGCGCUGAGGAGCUGCUCGCCGUCUCUCUGGAGCAGAACGCCGCUCGCCUGCAGCCGGUGCUGGACGCCCUGCGUCGACAGACGGAGCAGUUUGUCCACGUUCUGAAAGACGAGCACGUGAAAAUCGCUCUGUCGGCGAUUCACAACCAGCUCAGCGCCAACGUCAGCCGCCGUGUCCACGACAACUCAGCCAAUCAGGAGAGGCCGUCUUCCAAGGGUCAACAGGACGACCUCCGACAUCACACGGCGUUCGACGAGGAGGAGUGGGACAGGGCGUGGGCGAACGUCGCCAUGAGCCUGAACUGCAUCAUCGCCAUGGCCGCCCGGCUGCAGGGGCGGGAGCAGCGCCCCCUGGAGGUGACUUCAGCAGAGCAGCAGGAGUCAGCGACUCCCAGCAGCAGCUCCUCCUCCUCCUCCUCCUCCUCCUGGCAGGAGCAGCUGCUCCCUCUGGUGGUCACUCUCAGGGAUUGUGUGCGUGAGGCUGUGGCGAAGGCGCGAGCUGCCAUGACCCUUGUGGUCCUGCAGGGGGCGGUGGCCCCGACUGUCGACCAGGGGCCGGCGCAGGUCGUCCAGAGACGCCACGCCGUCUUCAGCCAGGCGCUCUCUGCGCUCGUGUGUGGUUUCACGUUGAAGCUGAACGUCGGACUGGACGAUCCCGACUUCCUGCGGCAGCUCCACGCCGUCGGAAUCCUGGCUCAGUUCGAAAGUCUGCUCAGCACCUAUGGUGACGAGCUGGGGAUGCUGGAGGACAUGGAAGUGGGCGUGUCCGAUCUGAGCCAAGUGGCGUUCACCGUCACCGAGGCUAACACGGAGCAACCGGACGACUUGUUACCAACACUCAGCGGUGCAUGGGGCAGUUUUGUUGUCCAGGUCCACUUGACCCCGGAGAUGUUCGCCCUGUUGCCACGGGAACUAAAAGAGGGGGGUUUGAUCCGGGUCCAUCCGGUUCUGUUCAACAUCGGGAUCAACCAGCAGGAGAGUCUGGCUGAGAGGUUUGGGGACAGCUCUCUGCAGGACUCAGUGAAUCAACAGAACUUUGAGCGUCUGAGACGUUACUGUGAAGCACUGACGAAGCUCCGCCCACACCAGCGGCCUCACAUGGCUGCGGGCGAGUCUCUGUCCGACUUGAUGUCGUCUCUUGAGCGAAGCGUCGACAGCAGGAAGAAGAAGAAGGCGGAGCUUCUGUGGAUCGCUGCUUCGGUGUGUCGUGCGGUGAGCGGCGUUCGCCUGACGAGUUGUAAGAGAGCGACAGACCGCACGGCCAUGUCAGUGACUCUGGAACAGUGUGUGUUACUGAGAGAGAGACACACACUCAGUGAGCAACACUUCCACACUGCACUGGACUGCAUGAGGAGGUCUCGUCUGUCCUGGGGACAGAUGCUCGGCUGUUACGCCCGGUCAGGGUCAGAUCCAGGGGCGUGUCCCUCUGGUGGGCGUGGCCCCUGGCCCCCCCUCGGUGUGGCCCCCGAGGCCCCGAGACGCCACAUGUAUCCGGUGGCGUUUCUCCUGGUGACCUCUCACCUCCUGGUCCUGUGGCUCAUCCUCAGCCUCGUGCUCCUGUUGUCCAGACUGUAAAUACAGGGACGGCUGCAGGAUGGACAACGUGCUGAAGAACGUCGGCAUCAGGACGUUCCUCACUUUCCCCAAAC